ACUUAUGCUGACGAAGAUUACCCAUGGGAAUUUCCUGUCGACCUCGCGCAUGAAGCCGUCGCAAUGACUCUUCACGAGAGUGUGCAUUUUUCACUUAAUGCAUCUGACGCGGAGGCUCGUCUGGAGUGGGAGAACCUUCCGACAUGGCCAAAAGGCUUUGGUCGCACACGUCUAGGACCACAGCACCGAGUUUUCGUGAUGGUUUUCCAGCAUCAGCACCAUUGUCUAUGGAUGCUCGAGCUAGCUCUCCUCGGCGGUAACGAUCCUGAAGCCUCAUUCCAUCACAUAAACCACUGUUUCAAUUAUCUUCGGCAGACUUUGAUGUGUGAGGCCGCAUAUACACUGGAAAUGGGAGACUUCAUGAGCGUUGAUCAUGAGAAGGACAGAGUGGGAGACACAUUGGUAUGCAGAGACUGGGAAAAAGUAUAUUCUAGUGGUACUCAAAAUAAAAAUUAG